CCACAGUCGAUGACCCCAGAUUCCAGAGCCGAGGUCGUUCCAGGGGCAGGAGCCGAAGGAAGCCAUCCAAUGUCCGGGGACAAGGCCGGACACCCCUGCUUUGUUCGGGUCAGGCCCCGGACAUGCCGAGGAUCAAUAAAGUGCUACCAUCGCCCUUCUACAACACCCAGCAUUUUUCUGUCUUUUCCUUCUGUCUCGUUUCCUGUCGUAAACCGCAGCCAUGACUCUCCAAGUACCCUCCAAGACCUUUACCCGCGCCGAGGUCGCGAAACGCAAAACCGAGGACAGCGUGUGGUUCAUCAUCGACACAGUCGUCUACGAUGUCUCCGAGUUCCUCGACGCGCAUCCCGGCGGCGAGGCUGUUCUGCGGCAGGUAGCGGGGACAGACGCAACCGUGGCCUUCUACAACCUGCACAGGCACGAGGUACUCCAAAAGUACUCUGACCUGGCCAUCGGCACCAUCGAGGGCGAGAAGCAAUCCAUUCUCACGCCCGAGGUCGGCGGGCUGUCGCCCGUGCCCUACGCCGAGCCGCUCUGGCUGCGCCCGCAGUUCAAGUCGCCCUACUACAAGGAGAGCCACCGGCGGCUGCAGCGGGCCAUGCGCGAGUUCACCGAUAAGUAUAUCACGCCCGUGGCCCUCGACUGCGAGCGCUCGGGCGAGUACAUCAACCAGGAGCUGAUCGACCGCAUGGCCAAGGCCGGCGUGCUGCACAUGCGCAUGGGGCCCGGCAAGCACCUGCACGGCGUCAACCUGCUGGACGGCGCCGUCGACGGCAGGGAGUUUGACUACUUCCACGACCUGGUCAUGUCGCAGGAAGGGGUGCGCCCGGGCUGCCGCGGGUUCCAGGACGGCAACAUGGCCGGCAUGGUGAUUGGGUUGACAUGCGUGCUCAAUUUCUGCAAGGACCCGGCCAUGAAGAAGCGCGUCUGCGACGAGGUGUUCAGCGGCAAGAAGAAGAUCUGCCUGGCCAUCACCGAGGCCUUUGCCGGGUCCGACGUGGCGGGCCUGCGCACCACGGCCGUCAAGACGCCCGACGGCAAGCACUACAUUGUCAACGGCACCAAGAAGUGGAUCACCAACGGCGUCUUCUCCGACUACUUUGUGACGGGCGUCAACACGGGCAAGGGCCUGAGCGUGCUACUGAUCCCGCGCGGCGAGGGCGUCGAGACCAAGCCCAUCAAGACGUCGUACUCGCCGACGGCGGGGACGACGUACAUCACGUUUGACAAUGUCAAGGUGCCCGUCGAGAACCUGCUCGGGGAGGAGCACAAGGGCAUCUACGUGAUUCUGUCCAACUUCAACCAUGAGCGCUGGACCAUGGCGUGCGGCACCAUCCGGUACAUGCGCCUCGUGGUGGAGGAGUCGCUCAAGUGGGCGCACCAGCGCCUCGUCUUCAAGAAGCGCCUCAUCGACCAGCCCGUGAUCCGGCAAAAGCUGGCCAAGAUGAUCGCCCUGUGCGAGUCGCACCAGUCGUGGCUUGAGACCAUCACGUAAGAUUCUAUACUCUCUCAGUUCGCUCCCCACCCUAUUCCACCAAAGUGCUAAUUCAUUAUCAUCCAGCUACCAAAUGUGCCACAUGCCCUACUCAGAGCAGGCUAAGCAUCUGGGAGGCCCCAUCGCGCUGCUCAAGAUGAGCGCGACGCGGGCGGCGCACGAGGUCGCCGACGAGGCGGUACAGAUCUGGGGCGGUCGUGGCCUGACGCAAACGGGCAUGGGCCGCGUCAUUGAGAACUUCAACCGCACCUACAAGUUCGACGCCAUCUUGGGCGGCGCCGAGGAGGUGCUAGGCGAUCUGGGUGUGAGGCAAGCCAUGAAGUUCAUGCCCAAGGCCGUGUUGUAGAUUUGGAAUAAAAUUUGUACGAGGUGUAUUCAUGGCGGGCGGAAAUCUGGUUUGGAUAUUCUAGGGUAGAUGUCUUUCCCAUUGAUCUUGCGGGGUCUGGAUAGUUGCUACGUCAGGGACGAUCCAUA